AUGGAGGACUUGCCGGAGUGCCCGGUGUGUCUUCAAAACUACGACGGCGAUAGCGCGAUUCCGCGAGUACUAUCAUGCGGCCACACCGUUUGUGAAGCUUGUCUCGUAGAGCUUCCGGAGCGGUUUCCGAACACUAUUCGUUGCCCUGCGUGUACUCAACUCGUUAAAUAUUCUCCCAAACAAGGUCCUUCUUCUCUUCCCAAAAAUAUUGAUCUUCUUAGAAUUUGCCUCCAACAAGACUCUUCAUCUAAACAUCAGAAAUCGAGUCAUCAACGGUCUUUGAUCGAUUAUGGAUAUUCCUCUCGGUUUUGGUCUGAUGAGUUUUACGAUGCUUGGAAGGAUUGGAUUCUUCCGAACGAUGUCGUUUCGGUUGAGGAGAAUGGUUUUGGUAGGUUUAGUUCGGGUUCUAAGGGUAGGGUUUGCUUUGGAGUUAACCGAACUGUGAGUCUUGUUCCUAUUGUUAGUUUGGUCCUGGUUAGUGAUUCGAAGUUUAAGUUUAGUUAUGUUGCUUGGGUUAUUAAGUGUUUGGAGGGGAUGAAUGAGGUUGUGAGAGAGGGGUUAGGUUUGAUUCUAGAAGGUUCUGUGAGGCAGGGUAGGUUUUGUAGGGUUUAUGGAUUGUGGAGUGAGGUUGUUGGUGGUAGUUUGUAUCUGGUUUGUGAGAGGCAGAAUGGUAGGGUUUUGGAUGAGUUUGGUGGAUUGAGGAGUGUGAGUGGGGAUGGUUUGGAAUUGGAUGAAGGUGGGGUUUGUAGGUUUGCGACGAUUGCAAAGGGUAUAGUUGAAGGUGUGAUUGCUUUGAAUUUGGAAGGUUUGGUUGCGGGAUGUUUGGGACUUUCCUGCUUCUCUUUUGAUGAGCUUGGUGGUGUUUGUGUUGAUUUGAAUGAGGUGUUGGUGAUGGGAAGGAAGAUUGUGGAUCAGGUUUCUGGUGGCGCGGGUGAUGAUCAUGAAGCGAUGUGGAUGGAUUGUUUGAACAAUGAGCUUUUUAUUAGCCCAGAGGUUUUGUCUAUGUUAUUGCAUGAGGGGAUUAUCAACCCAGAGAGUGGGGAUUCGAGGUAUCCGAUUGGGUAUGGCUCAGAUGUGUGGUCAUUGGCUUGUGUGUUGCUGCAGAUUCUUUUUAGAAAUGCACUCCCUCAGUUUACCUUGCAAAAGAGUGAAGAGAAUGGCUUUGAUGUCUCGGCUAGUUACAUUUCUUGGGUGGAGAGAGUUUGUUCUGUUUUGGAAGAAAAAAUUGGCUCUGAAAACCUAUCACUUAAACAGACUCUUUGCAAAUGUUUGGACAUCAAUCCUGGAAACCGUCCAGAUGUUGUGGAUGUAAGGAAAUGCAUUCAAGAUGUGCUAGUCAAACGUCAAUUUGGUUUUCUGGGAGAAACAGAGGUCACAGUAAAUAGGAACAACACAGGUCACCCUGUGAUUCUUGCUAAGUUGUGUCAGUUGCUUCAGGAAAGUUCUAAGGAGCCGAGAGAUCAUGAGUUGCAGGUGAAAGUAAAUGGCGGCCAAUCUGAGUUUCUUCAAGGUGCGGAAAAUAUAUCUGACGAAGAUUUUGCUACUAGCUUAUCCCAAGGAAUGACUGAGCUUAAAGAUCUGCAAGGACAUCUUGGUUCUAUCACUGGUUUAGCUGUAGGAGGGGGAUAUUUGUUUAGCUCCUCUUUUGAUAAAACUGUCCGUGUAUGGUCCUUGCAGGACUUUUCUCAUUUACAUACAUUUAGAGGUCAUGAGAAUAAAGUUAUGGCUCUAGUUUAUGUUGAUGACAAAGAAUCAUUGUGUAUAAGUGGUGACGGUGGUGGGGGCAUAUUUUUGUGGGAGAUUUCUGCAUCUCUUAGGCAAGAACCCUUAAGGAAAUGGUAUGAGCAGAAGGAUUGGCGCUUUAGUGGUAUCCAUUCCUUGACUGCUUUCGGAAGUCUUCUCUAUACUGGAAGUGGAGAUAGGACAAUAAAAGCUUGGUCAAUAAAGGAUGGGACUUUGAUGUGCACAAUGGAUGGCCACAAAUCUGUAGUUUCCACACUUUCAGUAUGUGAUGAUGUUCUUUACAGUGGUAGUUGGGAUGGAACUAUCCGAUUGUGGAGUCUUAAUGAUCACAGCCCGUUGGCGGUACUAGGGGAAAAUUUGCCAGGAGAGAUGAAGUCUAUCCUGGCUAUUACUGUCAAUAGGAAUUUGCUGGUUGCAGCAUAUGAGAAUGGAUGCAUAAAGGUCUGGAGUAACGACAUGUUCAUGACUUCCAAAACAUUGCAUAGUGGUGCAAUUUUUGCGAUGAGUAUGCAGGAAAAAUGUCUCUAUACAGGAGGUUGGGACACAAAUGUUAAUAUACAGGAAUUAUCAGGAGACGAGUUAGAACUGAAUGUCAACGCAUUUGGAUCCAUCUCUUCGGGUUCUGUUGUGACAGCUAUAUUAUGCAGUCAGGGAAAACUUUUCGUUGGAUGUGGCAACAAGUCUAUCAAGGAAAAUCUUGGUCGCAUUCAUAAGACUUUCACUGACUUCACCAGCUUAAACCACUGGGUGGUGAACGACUAUUUCCGUCUGGUGGACUCCGUCAAUGCUUUCGAGCCGCGGAUUCAGGCUCUCUCCGAUGAGCAGUUGGCUGCUAAAACCGAGGAGUUUCGCCUCCGGCUUGCGCGAGGGGAGACACUUGCGGAUAUCCAAGCUGAGGCGUUUGCGGUUGUUCGUGAGGCUGCCAUAAGGAAACUUGGAAUGCGCCAUUUUGAUGUUCAGAUUAUCGGUGGAGCUGUGCUGCAUGAUGGGUCAAUUGCUGAGAUGAAAACGGGAGAGGGGAAAACCUUAGUCUCCACGCUAGCUGCAUAUCUUAAUGCCCUGACCGCUGAGGGCGUCCAUGUUGUAACUGUCAAUGAUUAUUUAGCUCAACGUGAUGCUGAAUGGAUGGGGCGUGUUCAUCGUUUCUUAGGUCUUUCUGUUGGUCUUAUUCAGAGGGGGAUGAAUUCUGCAGAGCGAAGAUUCAACUAUGGAUGUGAUAUAACAUAUACGAAUAAUUCGGAGCUCGGCUUUGAUUACUUGAGAGAUAAUCUUGCUGGAAAUAGGGAACAGCUUGUGAUGAGAUGGCCAAAACCAUUUCAUUUUGCUAUUGUUGAUGAGGUGGAUUCAGUACUGAUAGAUGAGGGAAGAAAUCCGCUGUUAAUCAGUGGUGAGGCCAAUCAAGAUGCUGCACGAUACCCUGUUGCUGCAAAAGUGGCCGAUUUGCUGAUACAGGGCAGUCAUUACAAAGUGGAACUCAAAAAUAAUUCGGUGGAGUUGACCGAGGAAGGGAUUACUCUUGCUGAAAUGGCUCUUGAAACAAAUGACCUUUGGGAUGAAAAUGAUCCCUGGGCUAGAUUUGUGAUGAAUGCUUUAAAAGCUAAAGAAUUCUAUCGCCGAGAUGUGCAAUACUUCGUUAGAGAUGGAAAGGCUUUAAUUAUAAAUGAGUUGACAGGAAGAGUUGAAGAGAAAAGGAGAUGGUCUGAGGGGAUUCACCAGGCUGUGGAGGCAAAGGAAUGUUUGAAGAUUCAGGCAGAUUCUGUUGUUGUGGCACAAAUCACAUACCAGUCAUUAUUCAAGCUUUAUCCAAAAUUGUCAGGAAUGACUGGAACUGCAAAAACAGAAGAGAAGGAGUUCUUAAAAAUGUUUCAGACGCCAGUCAUUGAAGUACCCACAAAUCUUCCUAACAUUCGUAAAGACUUGCCUAUUCAAGCAUUUGCUACUGCCCGUGGGAAAUGGGAGCAAGUUCGCCGAGAAGUUGAAGAUAUGUUUAGACAAGGGCGUCCUGUCUUGGUUGGGACAACUAGUGUAGAAAAUUCUGAGCUUUUGGCUGGUCUGCUUAGGGAAUGGAGUAUUCCCCAUAAUGUUCUGAAUGCUCGACCCAUGUAUGCUGGAAGAGAAGCUGAAAUUGUUGCACAGGCAGGACGGAAACAUGCCAUUACAAUAUCUACAAAUAUGGCAGGCAGGGGCACAGAUAUAAUCCUUGGAGGAAAUCCAAAAAUGCUUGCCAGAGAAAUUAUAGAGGACAGUGUAAUUCCUUUUUUGUCACGGGAGGAUCCAAACAGUAAACUUGCUGGUGAGGCCAUUUCAGAAAAGAUGCUUCCGAAGAUAAAGGUGGGAUCAUCAUCAUUAGCCUUGCUGGCUAAAACAGCCUUAAUGGCAAAAUAUGUAUCCAAAAGUGAGGGUAAAAGUUGGACAUAUCAGAAGGCUACAUCUUUUAUCUCUGAGUCUGUUGAAAUGAGUCUUUCAUAUGGUCUGAAAGAGCUGGAGAUGCUUGCCAACGAAGAAUCUGAGAUAUAUCCACUUGGUCCAACAGUAGCACUUGCCUAUCUGUCAGUUUUAAAGGAUUGUGAAGAACACUGUUUGCAAGAAGGGUCUGAGGUAAAAAGGCUUGGGGGUCUUCACGUGAUUGGUACAUCGUUACACGAGUCCCGAAGAAUUGACAACCAGCUUCGUGGCAGAGCAGGGAGGCAGGGGGAUCCGGGGUCAACAAGAUUUAUGAUCAGCUUGCAGGAUGAGAUGUUUCAAAAGUUCAAUUUUGAUACUGAAUGGGCUGUUAGACUUAUAUCAAAGAUUACAAACGAUGAGGAUCUUCCCAUUGAAGGUGGUGCCAUUGUGAAACAGCUAUUGGCAUUGCAAAUCAAUGCAGAAAAAUUCUUCUUUGGCAUAAGAAAGAGCCUCGUUGAGUUUGAUGAAGUAUUGGAGGUGCAACGAAAACAUGUCUAUGAUCUAAGGCAGUUAAUCUUAACCGGAGACGAUGAAAGUUGUUCCCAACACAUAUUACUGUACAUGCAAGCUGUGGUGGAUGAGAUUGUCUUCAAUAACAUUUAUCCAUUGAAGCAUCCUCGUAGUUGGGAUUUGAGUAAUCUCUUGAAAGAGUUCAAGACAAUUGGUGGAAAGCUGUUGCAUGAGUCAUUUGGAGGAAUUAAUGAUGAGACUUUACUAAAUUCACUUGGUCUAUUGAAUGAAGUGAAUUCAGUUGAUGUUGUCAACGUUUGCCUUCCAAAUAUGCCUGCACCUCCAAACACUUUCAGGGGAAUUCGCCGGAAGAACUCUUCAUUAAAACGAUGGCUUUCUAUUUGCUCCGAUGAUUUAAUCGAGAAUGGGAAGUAUCGGACAAUUUCGAAUCUCCUUCGCAAGUAUCUUGGAGAUUUUCUUAUUGCUUCGUAUUUAGAUGUUGUUGAAGAGUCUGGUUAUGAUGAGGGACAUGUAAAAGAGAUUGAGAGAGCUGUUCUUUUGAAAACUCUUGACUGUUUCUGGAGAGAUCAUCUUGUUAACAUGAAUAAGCUCAGCUCUGCGGUGAACGUUAGGAGCUUUGGCCACAGGAAUCCUCUGGAAGAAUACAAAAUUGAUGGUUGUCGGUUUUUCAUCUCAAUGCUCAGUGCAACUCGAAGAUUGACUGUAGAAGCACUCUUACGCCAUUGGACAUCUCCAUUAGAAUCCCAAGAAUUAUUUUUUUAAUAAACAUUUGAAUGCUUUGUGCAUUAAAGUUACAUAAUUCACCCACGAGUUUUCAACUUAGAUCAGUCUAUUUCGCCCCCAAGGAUUUAUAUGAAGCGGUAAAUUUUUUGUAUAAUGUUAUUGAUGUUUCACUUAGUUGGUUUGCAUGGUCUAGAUAUCACAAAGGGGGCCUGUAGAAUGGUUUUAAGACUCAAGGUUACUUCAUCUCUCAGUAAUGUUUAUCAUUUUUCCUGGUUUAUCAAAGUGACGGAGAAGAUACAUAUAGAUGCUCACAAAAAUGAUUUGUAUAUUUGCUUCCUAUUACAGGACAAUCAAAGUAGCUGAACCAGUUUAUUCUGGGGUUUUGCUUAGAUUACAUGUUUUUUGGGCUCACAUAUUGAUAGUGCCUAGUGCCUAGAAGAGGUUUAGUAAGGGCUACACCAAACACAUCCAAGUAAAUAUCCUUUACGUGCUCUUUGUUCUACUGAAAGAAUUUGUAGCCAAUUUAGAUGUACAUUGAUCUCUCGAAAGAGUUAAGAGAAUUAUGGCCAAUUUAGAUGUACAUGUAACAUAUGAAACAUAUUAGCAUAAUAUAUAAAGAGAUGUGAUUGCUGACUUCCUAUUUCCAAAUUUAUUGUUCUUCUAUGCAUAAUAGAGGACAUU